AUGAACAUUGAAGAUGAACCAAUGUUACAAGACACAGAUAAUGUGUCCUCAAUUGAUCUCAAUGCUACUCAAAUUUCGGGGCCAGUUGACGAUUCAGUUCCUACAGAUAUUGGUGCAAGACAACCCACAAAUUCUUUAAGUCUCGACGCGUUACCAAAAUCGGACCUUGCUCCUGUUAACAGCUCGUGCAAACCCAGAAGUAGUGGUCCUGCAAAAAAGAAACGUGCAUCCGAAAUGAAAGUACGCCUAGUCCAAGAACUAAUCGGAAAAAUAGAAGCUGCAAAUGAAAAUGCUUCUCGUUCUGAGAUCAAAAUUCUUGAACUGCCCGAAAGACAAAUGCAAUUCCAUCAGGAAAAUACACAAAAUGAAAACGAGUUCUUCAAUAUCUUCAAAAAACGUCUUGUGACUGAAUGCCCUUGA